GAAGGAGGUCCUGCUAAGUGUACAGUGUUAGAAGAAAGAAGGGUGGCAAAUGUCAAGAAAGAGAAGAGUAAAUUAAGGAAGGAAGAAAAAAAAAAAAAAAAAGAAGAAAAGAAAACAAAGAGAAAGAAGUCGAGCAAGUGUAACUGUUUUUUGGCUUUUGCUAUCAUCUGAGGAAUCGAGGUAUAUCUUUUUGGCGGGUUUAAGGAAAGAAAGAAAUUCAGGAAGAGGCUCUGGUGUUGGGCUAACAGGAAAUGUUGGUGGUUUUAUGCGACUACUGCUACUGCUUCUAUUACCAUGGUUUAUAAAUAGAAGAAGGGGUAAGCAGCUCUCAAAGGAAUAAUACUACCUACCCAUUUCUUUCUUUAUAUUUUCCUACUUUUGUUCUGUGGGGGGGGAAUUUUCUAAUUGUGGUGUGUGCUGGUUUCGGUUUAAUCAUUGAUUUCAGCUUCUGAGCUCAUCUGGGUUUCCAAUUUGUGCUAUAAAGAUUUGAUUUUUAGCAUUCGGUGGAGGAAUUCUUUUGGCACCUCUUUUUUAAUUAUUAAUUUGUUCUGGGUUUGGGGUGAAUGCUUUGUUUGGUGGGGUUUAUUGAUUGUUGGUGUUUUUUUUUUUUUUUCACCUCAGGAUGGAAACUUGCUAAUUUGCAGCUGAGGAUUUAUUGUUGACUUGAAUAUGGAAAUGUAUGUGGGGAAUGUGUUUGGCCCUAGGCCUGUUCUUGUUGAUACAUUAACUAAUUGGUUUUCUUAAGUCUACUCAGAAUCAAGUCAUUUUAGCGUGUUUUCUCUGUAAUUGUCGGUGCAAGCUUGUGUUGGAGUUAUUUUGCUCAAAUUGUAUCCGGUGUUUUGAAUCAGCCAACAAGUUUUUUGGUCAGUCGCAUAAAAGAAAGUUCAGUCUUUGAAAUGUUUUUUGUUCCCUUAUAAGGUGAAUCAAAGCUCAAAAAUACUGAGUCAAAUAUUUGCUAAAUUGAUAGUACCUGACAAAUUUCAUAAUUGAAACAAGUUGUUUGCUUUUGUAUAUGAUGUCUCAAUGAUCCUGUGUUGACAGAGGAGAGAGCGUAAAAUGGAGAAACAAGCGCUUGUGUCUAAAAGUUGCAUUUGCUAUUUACAGCUGAAGGUGUAUUGAGAAUGUAGACUCAUAAAUCAUACAUGCGUACCUACCGGUUUGUUGUUGAGUUCUUUUCGGGGUUUGCUUGAUUGAGUUCUCAUUAGCCAAGAGAAAUUAAAUUUUAUUACCAAAUUUGAUCAUCCUGUUGGAUCUCUCUAUUCCAAGCAGCUAUAGGGUUAUCAAGUCAGACAAAUUGGAAAGUUCCUUUUCGCUUCCGUUUUUGAUUUAAAGGAUAUAGCUUUCUAGAAAUGUAGAAAGAUCGAUCAAAUCAUAUCUAAAAAGGUUAUCUUUCCUUCUUAAGGAGAAAGACAUUUGUUGUUCCUGCCUAUGGUAUCAAUGGAUGAUUUUGCUAAUGUAUAGUUACUUACAAUUUCAGAGGAUUUUAUGGUUGGGUAAAUGGAUGUGAAUAUCAGCUACCCUUUCUUCUAAGAAUGCCUAUGGUUAAAAAGAGAUGCUAGAGGACACAAAAGAAAAUGUGGAAACUUUGCCAUUAAUUCCACCUUUGGAAGUUCUCAAAGUUUUGGACAGUCAGAUUGUUUCCCUGAUUGAUUGUUGGUUGAAUUUUAAUUUGGAAACAAGGAGUUAAUGCUAUGCCUGUCAAUAUAUUACGUGCCACGUCUUCUUUUGCUCUAUUUGAUUUCCUAAGUCGCUGUUCACUGAUCAAGACAUGUUAAUGAAACUGUUGAGUAUAUACCUUGAUUCAGUUUCUUUUAUGCAGUUAAGUGAGAUCAGAUUUUCAGAAGGAACUUGGACAUGAAUAUUUUGUUGAGGACAUGCUUGAGCCAAGGGAAACUGAUAUACCGGCACUAUUUCUGGUGUUCGUUGUGCUUCCCCUGGUUGCAUAUUUCCUACUAGGAAAAUGGAGCGAGUCAACAAAACAGAUAGAGAGGAUAAGUUUAUUGGCUCAACAAGCAGCUGAGGAAGCUCUUCAGGUUGAGGUUAUGGCUACUGCAAGUGUCAUCCCUGUAUUACCGUUGCCAAACAGUUCUACUCAUCAGUGUGCCAGAUGCUUUGGUCCAACUACUACACGUUGCAAACGCUGCAAGUCUGUUUGGUAUUGUUCUGGGAAGUGUCAGAUCAUUCACUGGAGGGAAGUUCACAAGCAUGAGUGCCAGCAAGUGGAUAAUCAUUUCAGCAAUUCAUCUCCUAAACUUUCCACAGAAAGUGAAUGUCAAGAUAGAGUCUCAUUUGAUGGUAAACAAGACAUGCAAUCCCUAGUAGUCAAUUUUGACAAGCACGUGGUUGAAAAAGCUCCUUUAGAGAAGACAAGUCGUCCAUCUUUGGGCUCCUUGCCUUCAGCAGCUGCAGCUGGUACAAAAGUGGACACCUCAGCGACCCCUGUGUCCGAGAGAAGAUCGAUGGACAAGAGACCAGUUCUCAAAAGCAGUAAGGGCGCCUUAAAUAGAGUUGAUGAACCUCUGUCAGAUGGCUUUGAUCAAUUAUCUGUUGGUGGUGUUUCCUGUUCCCCAUAUAAUGCCCCUGUAGAGGAUGAUUCUGCUGGAGAGAAGGUGAGAGAAAAUAAGUCUUCUAAAGACCGUGAAGUAAACAUCUCAAGUGGCUUGAGUAGAGGGCAGACUAAUACAAGAAAUUCGCAGGAAGAGGGUCACAUGUUAUCAAAACAAAGUAAGCAUGCUUUUGAUGCGAGAAAAACCCAUGGCACCUCAAGUUCGGCAAACAGUGAAAUGAGUUUUGGUAAUACUCAUUCAGAUUCAGUUAAUGGAGAAAACUUAGUGAAGAGGGAGUCUACUUCUCUUGAAGAAGAUAGAAAUUUUUGUUCUUUAACUGAACGGGCGUCGACAAAGAGAAGCAAUAAGACCAAAAGUGCAUCAAGCUCACUGGUUUCAAAGCACCAUAAAUCUCCAAAACCCACGAUGAAAUCAUCAAGAGAACAAACGUGUUUGGAUAUGGAACAAAAAGUUGUAACAGCUUACGACUCAAAAACAUCCAGAGUUAAGGAUGUGGUACCUUCACAGGGAAGUAAUGCUAUUUCAAGCCUGGGUAUCAUGAAAAUGAUUGGUCUGAUGAAGACUUCAAAACUUGACAGGCAAGAAACUUCCGAAGUAAAUGCCGAACGCCAUAAGAAAGUUAAGAUGCUAUUUCCAUAUGAAGACUUUGUGAAGUAUUUCCAGUAUGAAGUCUUCAACCUAUCUCCUAGAGGUCUAGUAAACUGUGGAAAUAGUUGUUAUGCCAAUGCCGUAUUGCAGUGUUUGAGCUGCACGAAGCCCCUUACAGUGUUUUUGCUCCGAAGAUCACAUUCUAGAUCUUGUUGUGCAAGAGAUUGGUGCCUCAUGUGUGAACUUGAACAGCAUGUGAUGAUGUUAAGAGAAGGUGGAGGACCACUUUCGCCCAGCAGAAUCCUAUCACACAUGCGUGCUAUCAAUUGCCAGAUCGGUGAUGGAAGUCAAGAAGAUGCUCAUGAGUUUUUGCGGUUUCUUGUGGCCUCAAUGCAAUCUAUAUGCUUGGAGGGUUUGGGUGGAGAGAAUAUGGUUGAUCCUCGUUUGCAAGAAACAACCUUUAUACAACAUACAUUUGGAGGGCGAUUGAGAUCUAAGGUUAAAUGUUUAAGGUGUCAUCAUGAGUCUCAGAGAUCCGAAAACAUCAUGGAUCUUACACUGGAGAUAUUUGGUUGGGUGGAGUCAUUAGAAGAUGCCUUAACACAAUUUACCAGCCCAGAAGAUCUAGAUGGAGAAAACAUGUAUCGAUGUGGCAGGUGUGCCGCCUAUGUUCGGGCGCGUAAACAAUUGAGUAUACAGGAGGCUCCCAAUAUUUUGACUAUCGUCUUGAAACGAUUUCAGGAGGGAAGUUAUGGCAAGAUAAACAAGUGCAUCACAUUCCCAGAUAUGCUUGAUAUGGUUCCCUACAUGACUGGGACCGACGAUGUCCCUCCUCUUUAUGAACUUUAUGCUGUUGUGGUGCAUCUAGAUACGCUAAAUGCAUCUUUUUCUGGGCACUAUAUAUCCUAUAUCAAAGAUCUACGAGGAACUUGGUUUAAAAUUGAUGACACCGAGGUGCAACCUGUAGACAUGAGUCAGGUGAUGUCAGAAGGAGCGUAUAUAUUAUUUUACAUGAGGUCAUCGCCUCGGCCAGCUAGGGUGGUCACUAGGAAAACUACCAGCCAGCAAGGUCCUAUGAUGCCCAAGCAUUGUUCAACAAGAACCCAGAAGUCUUCAAGAGCAGAGCAAAGCAGGUCACAUCACCGGAUUGUUGAACCAGAUAAAAACUGGGUCACUGGUUACCAUUCAGGACUCAGAAGUGCUAGUGGGAAUCGACAUCUUGCAGAGACAUAUGCCCAGUCAAUGAGCACAGAGUUCUCAGAUGUGACAUCAAGUGAUUGGUCCCUUUUCACGAGUUCAGAUGAAGCAUCAUUUACCACCGAGAGUACUAGAGACUCUUUUAGCACAGUGGACUACUCGGAUGCAAACAAUAUGGACCCGUUCUCUUCAAUCUUCGGCAACAUGUACACCUCAGGGUACCAUCCGUCUCAGAAAACCCUAGCUUGUAACAUGUUCUCGACCAGCAGGCCACAAACUAUAUUCUUUUCAGAAGAGAAGGGCUCCGUUGUGGAGUACUUCAUGCCGCCUCAACCUCCCCAAACCAGGUUGAAAGGAAAGAAUUCAAAAAGGGCGAGCUUGUCCGAUGAAGCUUUCCAAACUCAUGGCAUGCAUGUAAAUUAUGGGAAUGACAGCAGAACAGUACCUUUCCAAACUUUGUAA